AUGACCGGGAUGUACGGAACAGCUCUUCUGCUCAGCAUCAUCUUUCCACUCGUGUUCGCAGGCCUCGAGUGUGAGAAGCGCUCAUCCUCUCUGGAUGGACAGACAGAUCGCGAUUCGUUUGUUAACGAUCUUCUUGGGAAGUUAUCGGUAGAGGAACUGGCUCGCCAACUACACCUCGUCUUCGCCGACAAUGUCGUAGGGGCCAACUCCACGAACGAACUCUAUGAUUCUUAUGCGGGAGAGCUCGGUCUUGGUCUAGUUCAUGACUGGUAUCCUAUGAACCAAAGCCGAUAUAACGAACUCCAGGCUCUCAACCUCGCGAAGUCCAAGACCCCAAUACCAUUGAUGCAAACGGCGGAAUGUUUGCACGGGGUCGCGUCGUUCCAACAGUCGAUAUUUCCCAGUCCUCUCGGUCUCUCUGCUACUUUCGACCCCGACAUGAUGUACAAGGUGGGACGUGCUGUCGGCUCUGAAGCGCGUUCCAUCGGAGUCCACGCCUGCUUUGCGCCUGUACUCGAUUUGGCGAAGGACCCACGUUGGGGACGCGCUCAAGAGGAUCUUGGCGAAGAUUUCGUACUUACCACACACAUGGGCGUUGCAUAUGCGCAAGGACUCAGCAAAAAUAGCUCUUGGUCUGACCCAGACGCCGUCAUUCCUGUCAUGAAGCACUUUGCCGCCCAUGGUUCUCCUCAAGGAGGUGUCAACGCAGCACCGUAUACAGGCUAUGGUAUGCGACAAAUUGUGUCCGAAAUGCUUGUCCCGUUCAAAGCCGUGGUCGAGCUCGGUGGGGCCAGGGGAGUCAUGAUGGCUUAUCACGAUAUCGACGGAGUACCCAGUGUCACCAAUCCUGACCUAUACGAUGCACUUGAUUCAUGGGGAUUCGAUGGUUUUGUCAUUGGCGACGACACCGCGAUUAUCGAUCUUCAAACCUGGCACUGGACGGCAGACUCUCCGGCAGCUGCUCUUUCGCAGUGGUUCAAUGCAGGAGGCGGUGUUCAGUACUACGAUUACACUUUGGACGUCUUUCAGAACACAGUCGUCGACCUGGUCAACAACGGCACCAUUGCUACAGAUACUCUGCGCGAACGAGCGCGUGGAGUACUGAACGCAAAAUUCGACUUAGGACUAUUUGACGACCCUUACAUCCCUGCCAACAUCUCCGUUCAAGGCCUGAUCGACGAGCAUACACCCACGACACUCGAAGCUGCCGAACGAAGUAUCGUGUUGUUGGAGAAUAAGAACAGUACUCUGCCGCUCAAACCAGACUCACAGAACAUCGGUAAAAUCGCCCUCAUCGGUCCCAUGGUCGACACUCUUAACUUCGGCGACUACUCCGGUGCCUGGGGCAGUGGGCCUAUCGAUCGUGCUACCACUCUCCGUUCCGCUGUUUCGAACUAUCUCGCUGCCAAUGCCUCGUCGGUUGACUUGGUGACCUCAUGGGGCAGCAAUACAUGGACGUAUAUGGCCCAAUAUCCCAUCCCUCGCGAUCUUCUCUCUUCUUCCAACGGGACAAGCGGUGGACUCCUCGCCACUUACUAUUCCGACACCAAUUUCUCAACACCCGCUUUUCAGACGUUCGAAAUGCCGAACAGGCAAUGGGGAAUCUAUCCUCCGCCUAGUCUCCCGUCGAACAACUUCUCCGCAGUAUGGGAGGGAGAGUUCAGUGUUCCCACAAGCGCUAAUGGAUGGAUCGGUCUGGCUAUCAGUCCUAAUUCAACCGCCACUCUUAUUAUCGACGGUAACAAGACCGUCACGGUCCCAUACUCGUCUACGGGAACAAUCCUGGGCAACAUCGAGCAGUACACUUGGACCCAAGCCAACAGUACUGUGCCGCCUUUAGGCUGUGAACCUUUCUCGUUCAAAACGGGCGCCACACACUCCAUUCGAGUCGAGUAUCAAGUAUGGAACACUUUCCAGAAGAUCCAGAAUGUGGCGAGCGUCAACGCACAAGUCCAACUUAUCUGGAAUCCUGUGGACAGAGAUGAUCCGGUUGAACUCGCGGCUCAAGCAGCCCAGGAUGCGGAUGUCAUCAUCUUCGCUGGAGGAGCCGCCUGGAAUAGUGAUGGCGAGAGUGGCGACAGGUCCACGUUGUCCCUCUCACCGAAUCAAACGCUACUCGUAGAUAGGCUUUUCGAGCUCGGAAAACCCAUCAUAAUGAUUCUCGAAGGCGGUCGGCCGUUCGCCAUUCCAGAGUAUUAUUCGAAGGCCGCUGCUGUAAUGAAUGCCUACUUCCCUGGCCAACUCGGAGGACAAGCCCUCUCCAACGUCUUGUUCGGCCUCUUCAAUCCGGGUGGUCGCCUCCCGCUCUCCAUCCCAUCAUCUGUCGGGUCCCUGCCGUCGUUCUACAACUACAGAUUUGGAGCUCACAAAAUCCUGUACCUCGAUGGUCCCUCAUAUCCGUUAUACACCUUCGGCUACGGUCUCUCAUAUACCAACUUCACCCGCUCCGACUUCACUGCCGUCUCAUCGCGCAACGACAAGACUUUCUCAACGAACGACACCAUCACCUUCUCCCUGAAAGUCGCCAACAUCGGGCCAGUGGCCGGCAGCGACGUUCCGCAGGUGUACCUGCAACGGAGGAUUUCGUCGAUCGUGCAACCGAUGAGGCAGAUGGUCGCAUUCCAGCGAGUCUAUUUGGACGCGGGAGAAGAAAGGACUAUCGAGAUGACGUUGGAUCCUUCGCGGUUCUUAUUGCUUUAUACGAGGGAGAAGACGUGGGAAGUGGAGAAGGGAGAGUACACGUUCGCGUUGUCGACUUCGGAUCAUUUGGCAGAUACCACGGUGAACGUUACGCUUACAGCUGUUUGA